AUGGAUCAAGUAAUAGAACUCCAGAACGAAACUGAUGGACUGGCUGUGGAAAUGAAUAGGUCAUCUAAGCCACCUGCAGUAAGACCACUGUUGGGCAUUGGCAUAGACAACGUUAUUACUCUGGUGGUGUUUGGAAUUAUAUUUGCCCUGGGGGUACUGGGCAACUCUUUGGUCAUUGCAGUACUAGCCAGAAACAAACCUGGGAAACCCCGCAGUACCACCAACAUAUUCAUCCUGAACCUGAGCAUUGCAGACCUUGCCUAUCUUCUCUUCUGCAUCCCCUUUCAAUCUACAGUCUAUAUCCUACCAACCUGGGUGCUCGGAGCUUUCAUCUGCAAGUUUGUGCAUUACUUUUUCACCGUGUCCAUGCUGGUCAGUAUUUUUACCUUGUCUGCCAUGUCCGUUGAUCGCUAUGUGGCCAUAGUCCAUUCCAGGAGGUCCUCCUCAAUCCGUGUGUCGAGAAAUGCAUUUCUAGGAGUUAUCCUUACCUGGAUCCUUUCGUUUGCCAUGGCUUCCCCUGUUGCUUACAACCAACGCUUGAUCUAUAGGGGCAACAAUGAGACAUUCUGCUGGGAGUUUUGGUCAAAUCUCAAGCACAAGAGGAUAUAUGUGGUAUCCACAUUCGUAUUUGGCUACCUGCUCCCCCUGCUUCUGAUCUCAUUCUGCUAUGCUAAGGUGCUUAACCACCUGCAUAAAAAGUUAAGGAACAUGUCAAAGAAAUCAGAAGCUUCAAAGAAGAAGACAGCACAAACUGUUCUUGUCGUUGUGGUGGUAUUUGGAAUAUCAUGGCUUCCACAUCAUGUGAUCUAUCUUUGGAAAGAAUUUGGAACAUUCCCCCUCACCCAAGCCUCAUUUGUCUUCAGAAUUAUUGCACAUUGUCUUGCUUAUAGCAACUCUUCAGUGAAUCCUAUCAUUUAUGCCUUUCUCUCAGAAAAUUUUAGGAAGGCCUACAAGCAAGUGUUUAAAUGCCAGAUUGGAUGUGACUCAACCCAAAGUGAUGCUAAAGAAAUAAAAAGCAAAAUGGAGACCCCGCCUUCUACAAACUGCACUCAUGUUUGA